CUGGGCAGGGGAACUAGGCUGUGAGCAGCGGCCGCACUGGGUCGCGGCAGCAGGUGGAUGAGGAGGAUGGCAUGCCUGGGGUCCCUCCUCCUCCUGCUCCUCCUCCUGCUCCUCCUCCCCAGCACCACGGCCCGGGGGGAGUACGGCGUGGUCCACGUGGUGUCUGAGAACUGGAGCAAGGACUACUGCGUCCUGUUCAGCUCCGACUAUGUCACCCUCCCCCGGGACCUGCACCACGCCCCACUCCUGCCCCUGCACGACGGCACCACCGCACCCUGGUGCCCGGGUGAGGCCUCCACCCCCCAGGCCCCGGCCAGCUCCCCCGGCCAGCGGCCCCUCCGCCAGACCACCGCCAUGGUCAUGAGAGGCAACUGCAGCUUCUAUGCUAAGGGCUGGCUGGCUCAGGGCCGAGGCGCCCACGGCUUGCUCAUCGUGAGCCGGGUCAGCGGUCAACAGUGCUCAGAUACCACCCUGGUGUCCCAGGACCCCCAGAAGCCCCUGCCAGACCUGACCAUCCCCGUGGCUGUGCUCCGCUACACAGACAUGCUGGACAUCUUCAGCCACACGCACGGCAGCGCCUUGGUCCAAGUGGCCCUGUACGCGCCCCCGGAGCCCAUCCUGGACUACAACAUGGUGAUCAUCUUCAUCCUGGCCGUCGGCACCGUGGCCGUGGGCGGCUACUGGGCAGGCCUGACCGAGGCUGACCAGCUGCAACGGCGGCGGGCCCGAGGAGGAGGGGGGCCUGGCGGUCACCGUCAGCUGGAGGCAGUGGCAGCCCUCAGUGGGCAGGAGGACGAGGACGUGCCUGUGGACUUCACGCCGGCCAUGACGGGCAUGGUGGUCACCAUGUCCUGCUCCAUCAUGCUGCUGCUCUACUUCUUCUACGACUGCUUCGUCUACGUCAUGAUCGCCAUCUUUGGCCUGGGCGCAGGCACCGGCCUCUACAGCUGCCUGGCGCCCCUGGUGCCCCACCUGCCCCUGCCACGAUACCAGUGGGCCCUGUCUGGCCGCCGGGCCUAUCUGCAGCUGCCCCUGCUGCUGCUGGCCGGCCUGUGCGCCAUGGUGACGGCCCUCUGGGUGGCCUACCGCAACGAGGACCGCUGGGCGUGGCUGCUGCAGGACCUGCUGGGCGUGGCCUACUGCCUCUUCGUGCUGCGGCAGGUGCGGCUGCCCACGCUCAAGAACUGCACCUCCUUCCUGCUGGCCCUGCUGGCCUUCGACGUCUUCUUUGUCUUCGUCACGCCCCUCCUCACCAGGACUGGUGAGAGCAUCAUGGUGGAGGUAGCCUCGGGCCCGGCAGACUCCUCGAGCCACGAGAGGCUGCCCAUGGUGCUCAAAGUCCCCCGGCUGAGCUUCUCGGUCUUGACCCUGUGCGAUCAGCCCUUUUCCAUCCUCGGCUUUGGUGACAUUGUGGUCCCUGGCUUCCUGGUGGCCUACUGUCACCGCUUCGAUGUGCAAAUGCGCUCCCGCCAGGUCUACUUCGUGGCCUGCAUCGUGGCCUAUGCUGUGGGCCUGCUGGUCACUUUCAUUGCCAUGGUCCUCAUGCAGAUGGGCCAGCCCGCCCUGCUCUACCUGGUGUCCAGCACCCUGCUCACCAGCCUGGCUGUGGCUGCCUGCCGCCAAGAGUUCACCCUUUUUUGGACUGGCCAGGUCAGAGCCAAGACGCCCGCCCGGCUGGUGGCAGGGCUCAGCAGCGCCCCUGCGGUUGGCUCUGAGCAGAGGCAGGAGGACGCAGCUGACGUCUACACAUCCAGCGAGUUUGAGGAGCCGACCAACUGCUUGGCAGGGGAUUUAGACAGCAACCUCGGGGACGACAUGGCCGACAUUGUCACCUUAUCUGAGGAUGAAGCCACAGGUCCUGAUGGCCACAGUGACAGCUCUGAGGGCUGGAGUGAUGCCAACCUGGACCCUGAGGAGCUGCCCCGGGCCUCCACUGGGGCCUCAGAGGAGCUGUCGCCGCUGAUGCCGAGGGCGACGCUGGUGCCACCGAUGCCGCUGGUGCCACCGAUGCCGCUGAUGCCACCACCCUCAGAGUUGGGUCACGCCCAGGCCCACGAGGACGGCCUGUCCUGGAUGGGACUCCACAAGAGGAAGGGCUUGAAGGUAAAGAAGAGCAUGGAUGCCCAGGCUCCCAUGUGACCCGGGCCCCUGGGACAUGUGCCUCCAGAAGAGCUGGCAGAGUUUCACAGAGCAGAGCCACGCAUGGCACAGAGAAAUCGGGGCAUUAAAGAUAUUCCAUAUC